AUGACGUUUUCGAGCCUCUCACAUGUUAAACUUGAUUAUCCAUGGACGGCAGCUCCUCUGAUUGUCUCAGCACCAAUGCUUAAUAUCGCCACUGCGAACCUCGCGGCGGCGGUCUCCCUUGCUGGCGGACUGGGGUUCAUUGCUGGCGGAUACGAUCUUUCGCACCUCGAAAAAGAGCUCGUGGAUGCGCGACGUCUCAUUAACGAGGUCACCUUCAAGACUUCAUAUCGCCAACAGAAUCCACCACAAGAGUCACCUGUUCUACCCGUCGGUGUUGGUUUCUUGAACUGGGGCGCAUCUCUGGAGACUGCGCUGCCCUUGAUCAAAACCUACCGCCCGUGCGCUAUCUGGCUAUUUGCACCAAAAACUGGGGCGGACGAUCUCUUGCCUUGGGUGCAAAGGAUUCGUUCAGAAAGCCCUUACAACGUCAAGAUUUGGGUGCAGCUAUGCUGUGUGGUCGAUGCGAUGGAAUGUGUCCAGAAAUUGCAACCCGAUGUUUUGGUCGUCCAAGGAUGCGAUGCCGGUGGUCACGGAUAUGCUAGGUCGGCGAGCGUUAUCACUCUUCUUCCCGAGAUAGUGGACCAGUUGGAUCUGUCACGACCGCACAAGCUUCACAGGCCUUCCAUUGUGGCAGCAGGGGGCAUUGUCGACGGCAGAGGGGUCGCAGCGGCGGUGACUUUGGGUGCUGAUGGGUGUGCUAUGGGGACUCGUUUCCUGGCAUCCCCCGAGGCGCAAAUCUCGAAAGGCUACCAAAAGGAGAUUCUUCGUGCCUCAGACGGCGGUGUUUCUACGGUACGGUCAACUGUUUACGAUAAAGUCCGAGGAAUCUAUGGAUGGCCGGGAAGAUUCGAUGGACGCGGCCUCAUUAACCGAUCGUACGAGGACAUCCUCAACAAGGUAGUUACCGAAGACGAGAACAGACACUUGUACGAGAGGGAGAAAUUAAAAGGGGAUCAUGGUUGGGGAUCGCAAGGUCGAAUGACUACAUACGCGGGGACCGGGGUAGGGCUUAUUCGCGAAGUGCUGCCUGCAGGGCAAAUCGUAACAAAGACAAGGCAGGAUGCGAUGAAACCAUUACAGCAACCAUCCUUUACUGCCAGGUUAUGA